AUGGUCUUGACUCUCCUCCACCUCGGCCUAUCCCAGUCCGAGCGCAUAAUUUGGCUCGCCGAAGAACUCGGCAUUGACUACAAAUAUGUACACCACAAUCGCGACCCUAUCUUCUCCCCACAAUCAAUCAAAGACCUUCACCCCGCUGGCACGGCACCCGUGAUGGAAGAUGAUCCAUCUCCCGUCACUGGAUCAAAAGUCGUGAUCGCCGAAUCGGGAGCCAUUGUGGACUACCUGAUCGCGGUCCACGGCAACGGUCGCCUAGGACGCACGCCCAAGGACGGCGCCGACUACGCGUCUUAUCUUGAAUGGUUCCACUUUGCUAAUGGCAGUCUCCAGCCAUCGCUAUUUCGAGUGAUGAUGGCCCGAGGCCCGGCGUCUGAUCGUGACUCCCCGAUUGUCGCGCACACAGUAACUAAAUGGAAUCAUUUGCUCGACAUGAUGGAUGCACGCUUGGGUGAGACGGGCGCUUAUCUUGCGGGAAGGAGUUGA